GUUUUGCGUGUAAAUCGCUCGCCGGGAUGCCGGUGACGGCGGUUUGGUUCGAAGUUGUUGGUCUUUAGCAACGGGGAUGCAGAGGCCGGUGUCCAGUCUGCCUCUGAGCCAGGCUGUGAGGCUGAAACUGGGCAGCGCUGGUUUUCAGGUCACCGCGGACCUGCUGGACUGCAGACCGGAACAACUCAGCAAAGAGACCGGCCUGACCGAGGAGGAGGCUCUAGAGGUGCUGAAGACUGUGAGAAGUGAAGGAGGAGGAGGAGGUGGUUUCUCAACAUCUCUGACGGCUCUGGAGCUCCUCCAGAAGGAAGAGGAGUUGAGGAGCAUCGUGACAUUCUCAUCUCAGCUGGACGAAUCUCUCGGUGGGGGAAUUCCUAUCGGGAAAACAACGGAAAUUUGUGGCGUUCCGGGAAUUGGAAAAACGCAGCUGUGUCUGCAGCUGGCGGUGGAUGUUCAGGUGCCUCAGUGCUUCGGGGGGGUCGAAGGUCAGGGGAUUUUCAUCGACACAGAGGGCAGCUUCCUGCUUCAGAGGGUCAACGACAUCGCCACGGCUGCAGUCAGACACUGCUCCUUACUGGCCGAGGACGAUGAGCAACGAGCCGCCAUGGCGACCUUCACCGUGGAGACCAUCCUGUCCAACAUCUUUGUGGUCCGUUGCCAUGACUACGUGGAGCUGCUGGCCGAGCUGCAUCUACUUUCUGACUUCCUGUCGGAGCAUCCAAAGGUCCGCCUCCUGGUGAUUGACAGCGUGGCCUUUCCUUUCCGCCUGAUGUUUGACGAGCUGUCACAGAGGACGCGCAUCCUCAAUGGUGUCGGCCAGCAGCUAAUAACCAUGGCAAAAAAUUAUAACAUUGCCGUGGUAAUCACCAACCAGAUGACCACACGAGUGCGGGACUCACAAUCACAGCUUGUCCCUGCCCUUGGGGAGUGUUGGGGCCACGCCCCUACCAUCAGGCUCCUCCUACACUGGAAAGGGUCACAGCGGCUGGCCACCAUUUUUAAAUCUCCAGGUCAUAUGGAAACCACGGUGCAAUACCAGCUCACCUCUGAUGGCUUCAGAGAUGCUGACCAGUCAGAACAGCCGCAGAGCAAACGGCCUCGAAUGGACACCGACCAAUCAGCUGCUGAGCCAAGAGACACAAGCAGCUGAUUGGUCAGAAACUGUCAGCUAAACAGAAGCUGUGUGGAAUUGGUGUCACUGCUGGUGUUUGUAUGGGAGGUGUCUGUUUAAAUAAAGUUCAGAUUGAGUCCAGCAGAUGGAGACACAGAACAGGUCAGCAGCCAGUGGCUCAUCGUCUCUGAGGCUGCUCAUCCCUCACUUUUCCAACCAGAUGCUGAACACUGCCUGACUCGAGGAACUUCAGCAUUUAGAGAGAUGCUGCUGAAUAGCAGAGCAGGGGUCAGAGGUCAGCGGUAUCUGAGAAAGCAGAAAGCUUCCCAUACCAAAGGCCUUCCCUCCUGCUUGCAGUCCUCAUAUUCUCAUAUUUAUAUGCAGAUAUCUAUUUACAGAUGGAGAUUAGCACCACAAACACAAAGCUGGAUUCAUUUUGUUUGUUAAUAAAGAUUGUUUCUAUUAUUUCUACUGAGCUGAUCUUCCCUUCAGGUGGAGCAUGCAGUUUAUUACAGGUGUGUUAUGGCUUUGUUUUAGGAGUGUUUCUGCUGGUUCAUCCUCCCAGUUCAUCAUGAGUGUAACUGUUUGGAGUGCUGAAGGGUCUCUUAAUUAAGGGAUGGGGAAAAAAUAAAGUUCCCACCUUUUGCCGAUGGAAAGAGGAACUUCUGAACAGCAGCUGUACGGCGAUCAGAUCGAUGUAUUAAAAUCAUGUCCAUAAUUUA